UCUGCUCCAGCUGGGCCAGUUGUAACAAACCUGGGGAAGGCAACAGCUGAGUGCUCCCUGAGUGAGUGAAUGAAUGGAGCAGAGUGAGGCAGAAAACCUCCAGAAACAAAUCGAUGAGAUUGAAGCACUGUCAUCCAUCUAUGAAGAUGAGUGGUGUGUCAUUGAUGAGGCUGCCAGGAUAUUUUGUAUUCGAGUUGUGGAUGAAUUAGAACACCCCAAAUGGACUGUUUGUUUACAGGUGAUGCUUCCUCCUGAAUACCCUUCAUCUGCUCCACCCGUCUAUCAGUUAAAUGCAUCAUGGUUGAGAGGACAAGAACGUACAGCUCUUUCGAACAGCUUGGAGGAAAUCUAUCUGCAGAACCUGGGAGAAUGCAUAUUGUUCCUCUGGGUGGGAACGAUUCGAGACUUCCUUCUCCUCAAAUCCCAGUCAGCUGAUGCAGUUCCAGAAACACGGAAAACAACAGAAGAGGCUGAAGUGAAUGAUCAAGAUGAUUAUUUUCUUGUGUGUCAGACACCUCCUCAGCAAUUAGCAGCGGAUGUGGAUUUUCCAGAAAGCUCAGAAGUCGAAGAACUUCCUCAAAUAAUUCACGGAGAACCAAUCACUGAUCGGAGGAGUACAUUUCAGGCCCAUCUAUCUCCUGUAGUGACACCUAACCAGGUGAAACUGCUUCUACAGGAACUUUAUCAGAACAAAAAGAUCGCCAAUGCCACACACAACAUCUAUGCUUACAGGAUACAUUGCGAGGACAAACAGACAUUCCUGCAAGAUUGUGAAGAUGAUGGAGAAACUGCAGCUGGUGGUCGUCUUCUGCAUUUACUGCAGAUUUUGGAUGCACGUAAUGUGCUGGUGGUUGUUUCGCGGUGGUACGGAGGAAUCUUACUGGGCCCUGAUCGCUUCAAGCACAUCAAUAACUGUGCCCGAAAUAUCCUUGUUGAUGAAGGUUACGCCGAGCUUGCAGGUGAAGGGUCAAGGACGUCAAUAAAGAAGAAAAAGCCAAAGAACAAGAGGGGGAAAUGAUCAGAGGAAACAACAUGGAUAUUUUAUAAUUAAUGAGGAAAGUGAAAGCAGUGGAUGCUCCGUUUUCAAAUAUUGGUGCCAGUCAUUUCACAACAGCAAAGACAGGAAAAUGGAAAGACAGAAAUAAACAAAUCCAAAAGCACUCAA